AUGUCGCCAACUCUAAGUCUGAUUUUCAUGUAUGUACUGUUCCUGUGCUGUUUGUCUCCCUGCGCGGCAGACCUAUGCAACUGGACUGGAAGUGGUUUGGCGCGUGAGGCUGAGGCUAACUCGCGGACUGUGCAGCAGGUGCGGCUGCGUUGCACGGAGGGUUCGGUGGAGUGGGUCUACCCGGGCCAGGCGCUUCGGGUCGUCCUGGAACCCAACCUGUCCUCUGCGCGCCACACAACGGUCUGUAUCAAACCGUUCCGCAGCUUCAACGGCGCGAGCGUCUACAUCGAGCGGGCUGGGGAACUGGACCUGUUGAUGACGGAUGGAGGGCGGCCGGAGCAGGUGUUCUGUUUCCCGGCGGACGGACCUCAGAAGCCAGCCAUCUUCCUCCUGGCAAACCCGCAGAGGGAUAUCAGCCAACGCGCAGUAGGCUUCAGAUAUGAGUUGCUGGGCAAUCGGACCACUGCGCCCAACCUCGGCCAAAGUGUGUUGCAGGCUAGCUGCCGUCCCUGCAAUGACACAGAGCUCCUCCUGGCCAUCUGCAGCAGUGACUUUGUGGUUCGCGGCUCCAUCAGGAGCGUAUCCCACAAUGCUGAGCGGCAGACAUCGUUGGUGGAGGUCUCAGAGGGGAGGGUGUACCGGCAGCGUAGCGGGGUGUUUGAGCGCCACACUGGCACCAUAGGGGUUCCCGGUUCCAGUUCCUCAUGGCACGGUCACAUCCACACACUGUUACAGUGUCACGUAAAGCCUGGGGGCGGAGAGUUCCUAUUCACAGGGACAGAACACUUUGGGGAGGCCUGGCUGGGUUGUGCCCCCCGCUAUAAAGACUUCAUGUCCCUCUACCAAUCAGCUUGGGCGGCUCGCCAGAACCCCUGUGAGUUCCCGCUGGACUGA